GGGACCCAGACCCCUCCCCGGCCCCGCCUCCGACGCCUGCCGCUCCGGCGCCGACUCCCCCUAUAUAAAUCGGCCAUUUGCGUCGCUCCGCCCCGCAGCGCCGGAGUCAAAGCCGGUUCCCGGCCCAGUCCCGUCCCGCAGCAGCCUGCCUCCUCUUUCCUUUCAACAUGACAGAUGCCGCUGUGUCCUUCGCCAAGGACUUCCUGGCAGGUGGAGUGGCCGCAGCCAUCUCCAAGACGGCGGUAGCGCCCAUCGAGCGGGUCAAGCUGCUGCUGCAGGUGCAGCAUGCCAGCAAGCAGAUCACUGCAGAUAAGCAAUACAAAGGCAUUAUAGACUGCGUGGUCCGUAUUCCCAAGGAGCAGGGAGUUCUGUCCUUCUGGCGCGGUAACCUGGCCAAUGUCAUCAGAUACUUCCCCACCCAGGCUCUUAACUUCGCCUUCAAAGAUAAAUACAAGCAAAUCUUCCUGGGUGGUGUGGACAAGAGAACCCAGUUUUGGCGCUACUUUGCAGGGAAUCUGGCGUCAGGUGGUGCCGCAGGGGCCACAUCCCUGUGUUUUGUGUAUCCUCUUGAUUUUGCCCGUACCCGUCUAGCAGCUGAUGUGGGUAAAGCUGGAGCUGAAAGGGAAUUCCGAGGCCUCGGUGACUGCCUGGUUAAGAUCUACAAAUCUGAUGGGAUUAAGGGCCUGUACCAAGGCUUUAACGUGUCUGUGCAGGGUAUUAUUAUCUACCGAGCCGCCUACUUCGGUAUCUAUGACACUGCAAAGGGAAUGCUUCCGGAUCCCAAGAACACUCACAUCGUCAUCAGCUGGAUGAUCGCACAGACUGUCACUGCUGUUGCUGGGUUGACUUCCUAUCCAUUUGACACCGUUCGCCGCCGCAUGAUGAUGCAGUCAGGGCGCAAAGGAACUGACAUCAUGUACACAGGCACGCUUGACUGCUGGAGGAAGAUUGCUCGUGAUGAAGGAGGCAAAGCUUUUUUCAAGGGUGCAUGGUCCAAUGUUCUCAGAGGCAUGGGUGGUGCUUUUGUGCUUGUCUUGUAUGAUGAAAUCAAGAAGUACACAUAAGUUAUUUCCUAGGAUUUUCCCCCCUGUGAACAGGCAUGUUGUAUUAUAUAACAUAUCUUGAGCAUUCUUGACAGACUCCUGACUGUCAGUUUCUCAGUGGCAACUAUUUACUGGUUGAAAAUGGGAAGCAAUAAUAUUCAUCUGACCAGUUUUCUCUUAAAGCCAUUUCCAUGAUGACGAUGAUGGGACUCAAUUGUAUUUUUUAUUUCAGUCACUCCUGAUAAAUAACAAAUUUGGAGAAAUAAAAAUAUCUAAAAUAAA